AGGGAAGAAGGGUUGGAGGUGGUCGGCUAUGGUGGACGGGUGUAGGUGAUGGAGGAGGAAGAAGGGUCGGAGGUGGUCGGCUAUGGUGGACAGGUGUGGGCGAUGGAGGAGGAAGAAGGGUUAAGGGUGGUCGGCUACGGCGGACGGUUGUGGGUGAUGGAGGCGGAAGAAGGGUUGGAGGUGGUUGGCUAUGGCGGACGGUUGUGGGUGAUGGAGGAGGAAGAAGGGUUGGGGGUGGUCGGCUAUGGUGGAAAGGUGUGGGUGAUGGAGGAGGAAGAAGGGUUGGGGGUGGUCAGCUUUGGUGGAAAGGUGUGGGUGAUGGAGGAGGUAGAAGGGUUGGAGGUGGUCGGCUAUGGUGGACGGGUGUGGGUGAUGGAGGAGGAAGAAGGGUUGGAGGUGGUCGGCUAKGGUGGACAGGUGUGGGUGAUGGAGGAGGAAGAAGAGUUGGGGGUGGUCGGCUAUGGUGGACGGGCGUGGGUGAUGGAGGAGGAAGAAGGGUUGGAGGUAGUCGGCUAUGGUGGACGGGUGCGGGUGAUGGAGGAGGAAGAAGGGUUGGAGGUGGUUGGCUAUGGCAAACGGUUGUGGGUGAUGGAGGAGGAAGAAGGGUUGGGGCUGGAGGAAGAAGGGUUGGAGGUGGUUGGCUAUGGUGGACGGGUGUGGGUGAUGGAGGAGGAAGAAGGGUUGGAGGUGGUCGACUAUUGUGGACGGGCGUGGGUGAUGGAGGAGGAAGAAGGGUUGGAGGUGGUUGGCUAUGGUGGACGAGUGUGGGUGAUGAAGGCGGAAGGAGGGUUGGAGGUGGUUGGCUAUGGCGGACGGUUGUGGGUGAUGGAGGAGGAAGAAGGGUUGGAGGUGGUUGGCUAUGGUGGACGGGUGUGGGUGACGAAGGUGGAAGGUGCGUUCGGGUGGUCGAGAUUGGAGGAGCGGUGGUGACAGCGAAAGCUUGUCGGACGCAACCUAACUCUUAA